CUACCAUCGCCAUACAUAAAAGAAGGGGGCCAAUGCCCAUGCGCGCUCUGCAGAGGACGUCGUUAUCCUCUUAUCCUCGCUCAUAGAAACAUCCCAAAUAUUCAGCGGUGGAUUUAUUCUUCACACAUCGUGCAGGUGAAGAUGUCCUUCUGUGUCCUGCUCACUGCCCUUUUUGCGCUUCCUCUUGCUGUGGGUUGGGUUGUAUUGGGUGAAAGAGAAGAAGCCCAGAUGGUGUGUGCCGGGAGGGAAUUUCGUCUACCGGUGUACUCAACAUCCAGAACAGUGACUUUUACACCAAACCUUGAGGGGCAGAGGCGUGUCCUGCUGGACAAAACCAUUGUAAAGGACCCGCGUUUCGAGUGGACUAGAGAUAAAAUGCUGGUCCUGAAAGAAGUCACUCAUGGUGAUCAGGGACUUUACGCCAUCAAACUGUUCUCUGGAUUCACCUACGAGACUGUUCGUUUGACUGUUUCAGAGUGCAUUAAGUCCCACCACAGAAACUAUGGGGAUAAAUUUGAGCACAUCAUCCCUGAAAAUGGCUCUCUGCUGGAGUUUUCUCCCCGGGGUGCUCCACCUGAGGCAAUGCCAGUUGUGCUGUGGAACCGGACGGACCCUGAGACCAGUGAUGUGGGCCGGGGGCGGCUGCGGGGCGGGAAGGUCUGGGUGGCCGAAAGAGUGACGCAAGCGGACCAAGGCAACUACACUGUGAGAGACGGCAAUGGGAUGGUCCUGUCCCGAAGCACACUCACUGUCCGCGGGCACUCCUUCAAUGUCACCCGCUUCACAAGGGAGUCUCUUAACCUGCCCCUGUUUCUUCCUGUCCCGCAUGCCCACCUCAUUUUUACCCCCACCCGCUACCCUGACAAAUCCCCCCUGGGGCCUUUUGACCCCAAGCCCCCCCGUGGCCCUGUGCAGCUGAUCCGCGAGGGCCAUAUAACGGACUACGACAUGCGCUACAGGGGCCUCAUCUCUCUGGGCAGGAACGGCACCAUCAAUGAGGUCGUGAUAGGGAGGUUGUCCUCAAGGCACGAUGGGAUGUACGAAAUCAGAGAUGGGGAUGGCAACCUGGUAUCCUCCACCUGGUUGCAGGUGAUUGAAAAGGGAGGCAGAUGGCGAGCACUUCUCAAGACCAUUACGGUCCCUUCUGGCAUGUUUGUGUCAUUGGCUGGUUUUAUCCUGUUCAUGAGGCGAUACCCAAACUGCAGCCUGUCACACAUCAUCGCUGGCCUCAGAGCAAACCGCACUCCACCAGCCAACCCUCCGAGGAUCAACAUCCAGGACUACAGCCAGCCCAGCACUCCGCCCUCAGGCUGCUACAGUCACUCUCAGCAGCCUGAAACACCAAGAAAAUUGACCCCUAGAGCCAGUCCUACUCAUACUGGUUACAGUCCCGUUAUAGGUACUCCGAGAGCUGAGAACCAGGAAGCACAUAGAUUGGCAGCUAGGAGCUCCCCUUGUCAUAAUUCAACUACUGAGGGGGACAUAUGUCACAACAAUGGGGAGGAGAGAAGGAUUUCCUUUUCAGUUGCCGGGUCUUCAGACUGCCUCCACUCCUCUGAGGACUGUGUUCAAUUCCAGAUCAAGAAAGAUGAAGAUAAAGAAAGGUGGAGCAAAUCACAAAGAUACUUUUCCACACUGCCGCUAGACACGGACACCUCUGAAUCCUGCAGUGUGUACACUUCGGAGAAAUUGAACUUCUUAUAAAACAGAGAAUUGGAGCUGAAGGAAGAAGAGGAAACGUAAGGCAUGGAGAAACUACAGUAUUGGAUUCUCAAGUGGAGAAAGCUGUUUUGGACAAGAAAGACCUUACCUGUGCCUUUUGCAUCUUAGCCUAGUUUUAAUGGUUUGGUAUCAUGUUGCAUGUCAUUUUUUUCGUGUAAUUUUCUGAAGCAUGAGUUGAGUUUAAGGCAAGGCAAGGAAAGUUUAUUUAUGUAGCACAUUUCCACAACAAGGCAAUCCAAAACGCUUUACAUAAAACAUUAAAAGGACAUUUAAAAAGACAUU